CGAAACGCGCGGCGGCGCGUGCCCGCGCGGGCGGCCAUGCGCCGCGGCGCCCGCUGGGUGGCCGCGCUGGCGGACGCGGCCGUCGCGGCCGCCGACGCCUUGGCGGCGCCGGCAGCCGAAGCCCGACGUGGAGCCGCCGCGCUGGCCGCAGAGCAGCGCCGACGACGCCGCGCGCGCUUCAAGAAGUGGGUGCUGGAGGCGCUCGAGCACGGCGCAGGAGGCGCCCCGGGAGCUGGCCAGCGAGACGCGGGCGCCAUAGGCAGGCACUGGGCGACCGAGGUCUGGAGCACGGCCGACGGCUCUGAUGGGUGGCAGGACUUCGAGCGGCAGUCGGACUCGGGGGGGCUGCCCAGGCCGACCGCAGACGAGUGGCUGGACGCCGCCAAGUCUUUCGCGACGCGCACGGGCAUAUGCGGCAUGGGCAUCGACCGCGCGUCGCCCCGCGCCCUCGCCCAGGUGUCCGCGGCCGCAGCCGAGCUUCGUGGACGUCGGCAUGGCAGCCGAGGAGUGGGGCGGCUGGCCUCUGGCGGCGCGGGCAUCGCUCGUCGCGAUGCUGCCCGGGCCGACGGGCGGGCGGCGACCCAUCGGGCUGCUCUCCAGCAUCCCGCGGAUCUGGAGCAAGCUCAGGCAGGCCGAGGCUCGGCGCUGGGAGGCCCCCCUCCGCGGCAGCGGCGCAGGCGCCUUCUGGGGCGAACCAGGGCGCUCGGCCCAGGGGCCCGCGUGGCGCCAGACGCCGGCCGCAGAGGCGGCAGGGGCGCGGCUGCUCCACGGAGCGCGCUGCUGAUCGACCUCGGAAGGCGUGCGAGACGGCGCGGCUGGCCCGCGCCGGGCGCCUGGCCCUCCGCGCUGGAUAGCAUGGCCGACCGGUUCGCUGCGCCGCGCCAACCCACCGCGGCGCGCGCGCUGGACGCAGGCCUGCUAGCUGGACGACCGCGCGCGGGGAGGGCCCCGAAGGCGGCGAUGUUGCCGGCGGCGAGGGCGCAUUCCGAGGAGUUUGGCGCCUGCAGCAGCGGCGAGCUGAAGUCCGACAGGUACGUCUUCUACGACAACACGACCGUAGCCUGCUACGGGCGCGCCCCGCGGGCGAUCGCGAUGCACCUGGUCGAGGCGGGGCUCGCGGCGGCGGCCUCCGACCUGCUGGCGCGGAACGAGGUCCAGGCAGCGCUGAAGUCCAGCACUCUGAGUUCCAAGCCGACAGAGGCCGCGAAGAACUUGGGCGCGGAUCCCUGCCUGGACGGCUCGGCCGCGGCGGGGGCGGCGAGGAAGCGGCGCGCCGAGGUCCGCGAGCAGCUGGGGCGGGCGGCGGGCGCGCGUCGCCAGUCCAUCGGCGCGGCCACGUGCCCGCUCGUGGGAGGCACCCCCCCGGCGAUGGCCGACGGCUGCAGUGCCCGGGCCCGGGUCGCAAGCGAGCUCGAGCAGUGGCGCUCGGCGUUCGGGUCGCUAACCUUCGGCAGCGCGCGGGGCCGCUCGCUGCAGGUGGGCUUCGCGCGGGCCGCUGCGCCGCGGCGCGACCCAUGGUGCUCGCUGGCAAAGCAGCGACGUGCCGCGGGCAUGGUCGCGCUCGGGCGGCUCGGCUGGGGCUCGACGGCGAUGCGCCGCUGGGCCGCGGGUGACGGCGCGGCGCUGAAGCUCGAGGAGAUCGGCGGCCACGCGCUCCGCAGGCACAUCUGCGACCCCCACCAGCGGCGGCUCUGGCGCGAGGCCGCGGCCCGCGACGCGGGCCUUAAGCGCGCGGCCAGCGGCGCGGCCACCCGCGGCCUCCGACGGCGGCGGCUCGCUGCCAAGGCGAGCCCCGAGCAGCGGGCGCGGCGGUCCAGCGCCCGCAACGCGGCUCUCGGCGGGCUAUGGCCCGUGGCCCGCCGCGACGCCCUCGACCCGCCGCUGCGCCGCUCGGGGGCCUGCCCCGCGGGGCGCGGCGGCCGCGGCUCGGCGAGGCGCGCCGCCCUCGCAGCAGAGCGGCGCGACGCCAGCGCAGGCGACGAGGUGCUGCAGGCGUUCGCUGACGUGGCCGCGGAAUCCGACAGCGAGAACCCCCGCUACUCGAGGGCCUUCAUCCCCCACCAGGCGGCAGCCCUCCCACCGCCGCUGGCGGCGACCGGGGAGGUUCGGUGGAGCAGCGGCCACGGCUACGCGGCCCUGGCGGGCGCCAGCAUCCUAUGCGCCGACGGCUCGGCGAUGCGCGGCAAGGCGGGGUCGCCCGAGGUGCGCGCUGGGCGGGGGCCCCCGGCGCUGCAGACCCGCGGGGCACCGCGCGGCGCCUGGGGCUGCGUCCCAGCCCACCUGCCGCAGGACGCAAACACAGGCGUGAUCCUGGCCGCGGCCCGCGCCCUGCGCUGGGGCCUGCCAGGUGCGGAUGGCAUCCUCGAGCUCAGGACGGAUUGCAAGCUGCUCGUGACGGGAUUUGCCGCUGGCAGAGUGAAGGGGCGCGCCGCGGCCCGCUCGGUCCGCGACGGCUAUGUCACAUGGGGUGACUACGAGGGCAACCGCGCCGAGGACCGCUUCGCAAAGAAGAGCGCCGAGCUCCACCUCGCGCGCGAGGCGGCGGCGGGGCGCGUCGAGCUGGCCGACGCGAUCGCCGCCGCGACGGCCCGCUGGCUCGGCGAGGCGCUGCAGCUGGGGAGCGCCGCCCUCGCGGCGGCCGACGGCGCGGGCGCGGGCGCGGCGGGGCCGACCUGCUGCGGGCGCGGGCGCGGGCGCGGACGGCGGGGCGCUGCGCGCUGCCGCGACGGCAAGCCGGGCUGCAGACGCUGGCCCUGCGCCGGGCACUGCGCGGCGGCCUCGUUCGCGAACGGGGCGCGCUGGCUCUGCAACGCCUGCGCUGCCGCUCGGGCGGAGCGCCCGUCCGCGGUGGACCGCGCGGGCAGCGGGCAGCGGG